UGAAGGAAAAAUUUGAUACAAUUGCACAAGCAUUGUGAAAACUGUUGUCUCUUUCUGAAGUUACCUGAAAGAUCGUAGCCCUGAUUAUUAGGAUGCAUAUUGCAAUAUGUUCCAAUACUGUAAAGUAAUGAAGUGCAACACUAUAUGGACAUGAGUCCAUAGCUUUUUGAAUUGAGUAAGAGUUAAUGGCCAUAAUUUAUCAAGGCCUAUUUUCCUGGUUUUCUAUGCUUUGGUCUUUCAAGCUUUCCACUUCCCUUGUGCCUUUUCUACUUGGUCUGCCUCUCACAGGGGUGGUACAGAUGUUGGUGGGCAGCCUAAUUUGGGGAUCUGGAGGUAUGAAUUGAUUCUGGAGCUUUCUCCUGCUCUCUUGAAUGAUGUAUAAGAUCAGAACAUAGAGCUCUCUGGCUGUAGGUGUUCUACUAUUAAGGUAGUUUCAAAUAUGUGAGAGUAAGAAAGAGAAGUCUAGAUAUCAUGUUCUCAUGUUACUGAGUGGCGUUGCAGCAGAAUGUAAUGCCUGUCAGGACAGAGGUGAGGAAAGCACACUUCCUUGGGGUUGGGUUAAUGAGAUCUUUGGGGUUUUGGUGUUUUUUGGCUGUUUUUCUUUAGUUUGUCCUAUGCCAUGUGUAGACAUAGGUAUGGUUAUAGUUUUCUGCAGUGUACAGCUGAAAGCCUUAUGAUUCUCCAGGGACAGCUGCACUUUAGAUAGUUACUCUCCAUGGAGAAUUUUACUAAUUGUAGAGGUUAUACUGUUGAGAUUCAAGAAGAGAUCAGCUGCUAUAGAAAUAUUUGCAAGGAACCUCUAAAGCAAAGAACUACAGAUGCUGUGUUUGGAAGAGAAAUGGGACUUACUUAUAAUGUAGUUAGAUGAGUCUUCUAGAAAUACUGUUUUGCUUCUCAGAACUCUGAAUAGCACUGGAAUUUUUACUGUAUUGAGAGUGAAGUCUCAGUGUAACUCAAUACAGAAGAUACAAAGCUCUAGGUAUUGCUGGAGGCUUCUCAAGGACCGUGUAGGCUGACCUUCUGCCUUGUGCUGAUGAGAGAAUUAAGGAAGCUUUUAAACUUACACUUACAAUGACAUCUUUCUUUGCUAAUGCUAAUGAGAAAAAUCUGUUAUAUCUGUUAUAUAUGUUAUAUCUUUUAUAUAUAUGUGUCCAUAAAAUGGUAAAUAACAGUUAAAAACAGGAUGGAAUUUGUUCUUAGAGCGGUACUAGAGCAGAGUUGUCCAUCAAAUGAUCACAUUAGUUCUUGCUUGCUGGUCUCCGGUUUGAUUGCUGGUUUAUUUAUUUUUUUCCUUCAAACUGUUAAAUAUUGAAGCUGCCUUCUCUGCAUCAUGAAGCAAAAAGGAAAUCUGAUGGUUUUCCUCCGAAUUCAUUUCCAGCUGUGUGCUUUUGCAGCUGAAGUCAGUCAUCUCGUAGAUCCCAAACCAGGAGGAGGAGGGAUCUGUGCUCGUUCUGUGCAGUGCUUGUUGCUGUUGCUUUCCUCUCAUCCCACUGAUGGGGGGGGUGUGGGGGUGGGUGUUUGUGGGCGAGAAGCUGGAAAACAAAGAUCUGCUCAGCGCCUUUCAAAUCUACUAGUUCUCAAAUUUGGCACUUAAAAAAAGACAUUUAGAAAAGGCUUUACCUUUGUGUAGCUGUACACAGGAAUGUUAUUAUGAGUACUGUUUUCUAAUGUUUUCUGUGUACAUUUAGCUUAGGGUAGAAUAAUCUUUGUAAGACUGCAAAAACAUACCUCCCAGAGGCAGAUGACUGAUGGAGACUGCAAGCCUUUGUAGUGUUUCUGUGGCAGUGCCUCUUAUGUGUGCUCCCUUAUCUAAAAGCAAAUGGGCUGAAAUUUUGCACCUGUUCUGACUAAUGGGUUUCUUUUAAUACCCAAGCAUCCGUAUGAAGCUUGAGCAUGGUUUUCACCCUUGUAACUUAAAGCAAGACGUGUAACUUCAUCAAAGUUACUUUUGAUUUAUGCCUGUGCAAAAUUUGGCUCUUUCAAGGAGCUCAAUUGCUGAAGCAAAUGCAAAUAUUUAAUUCCUGAGGUUUUUGUGUCUUUUGUUUGCAUUUGUGACACUGUAAUUAAAAGCAAACUCCUGAUGUGCUAUGGAUGCAGGCAGCUACUGGGACUGGAAGACGAGUGCAAUUUCACCUGGUGGGACCAGAGGCUUUCCUAUGAAAUCCCAUAGAGGGGUGUGGGGGGGCCUAUUCUGUAAUUUUCAGUUUGUUACUUUGUUAAAUGUCUGGACAAUACUUAACGUCAAUAGCAUUUAUAGAGGAAAAUACCCCAAAUAAUACAGAAAUAGAGUGUAGGAACUAUUUCCAGUUGGAACAAACGGAAAGCUAACAGCAUUAGGAAAACAUAUUGAUGUUUUUACAUAGCUGUGCAAUAAAAUGCUCAGGUUAAAAAUAAAUCUGACUUAAUAGCACCCACGAACAUAAAAAAUAAUGUCUAAAACCAGUGUAUUAUUUUUCCCCAAUGAUUUAUGAGCAUUGACUUUUUUUUAUUGUGAUGUGUUCAGAUGGUUUAGCUUCUUUGAAGUUGCUGCUUGGGAAUAAAUUAGCAAAGUGUAUUUGGAGGUUUGGAAAGUUUUGUUUCUCAGAAGAAUAAGUAAAUGUUGAAUUGGAUCUAUGUAAGAUGCUUUGUCUUCAGCCCAGGAAGAAAUUUAAAAAAAAAAAAGAAAGAAAAAAGAAAAGAAAAUCAAAUCAAAACAGAUUCUUACAUUUGAGCAGAGACAUAUGCUUUGUGGGUUGGCACCAGACUAGUGUGCAGAAUCUUGUAGAACCAACUCUUCAUACUCUAAGAUAUUUAGAGGAACAACAUUCAAAGCACGGUGCUAGAGGAUUUAAGGAGAAGAUAAUACAGAGUUCCUUCAGAUGGAAAAUGUCUGCAUGGAGAUUUCUUGGUGGCCAUCCAUUUAUUUCUAAUGCCAUGUAACAUUGAGUCCUUUGUGUCAGUGUCAGAUGACGUACGUGAAUCAGUUACUGCAAAUAAUGUCUUCUAAAGAGAAAUAAUGUUUUAAUUUCACUGGUAAAUUCACAUCGUGGAAGGCAGGGUUACAUUGAAUCCUGGCUGCUAAGAUGAUGAUAAAAUCACGUGAAGGAAAGAAGCACAUGCUUGAGUACUGUGCAGUUAAAUGAACAGGUCCCAAGAAAUGUACGAGAUUCCCCUGAAAUGCCAUUCAACACAGAAGAAACCUUUUCCCUUCAGUGCAAUUCUCCAGCUCCUUCCAGAAGUCUGUGAGUUUCUGAGAACAAAACUAACAAUAUCCUUACAAUCACAGUUGUGUGUGAGAGAAAUAUGAUGAAAUUGGUUCAGAAAUAACAUCUGUAAAGGGGGUGAAGUGGAAGUAUAUGGAUUUUGGUUGUGCCAACAUUUAGGGGAAAAAAAAAGUAUAACCUACUAAUACAAAGACCAAGCGAGAAUGAGUUACUCAGCAGGCAGAAGAAAUAUCUGUUCAGUGGCGUUAAGAAAUGUGGGGAGAUUUGGAUGGGAUUCAGUGUAAGAAAAUGGAAGGCUGAGUUUAAUGGGCAAUUGAUAGUAAGCCUCACACCGUAUUACAUGUGCAAAGUCCCUUUUAGGGAAAACAAAUCACAGACUGUGAACCACUUUGAAAAUAACAGCUUAAAAUGGCGCAAAGAAAUGUUGCAUUUAUUUCCCUGCAGUUGCUCCAUGUUUCAUUUUCUCCCUGUAAGAAAAAGUGUUUUGCUUCAGGUCUGAGUGCAGCUUGCAUUUCAAGACCCGCCUCUUGGAAGGUUUGCUUUUUGCUUUGCAACCACCGAUAAGCAUCAGCCGUGCAGAACUUAUUAAACAAAUCUGUUGAUGGAUGCUGUUUUGGCUUCCAUACCACUGUAGUCCUCUAGCUGGAUUGCUUUGGCAUAUCCAAGGGGUAAAGGACAGCCAAAGCCAGGCAGAGCUAACAGAGAAAGUGUGUAUCAUGUCUGCAUGACUCGUAGACCAAUUGAGGUAGAAGUAGUCCAUGGAAUUCAGUGAGGUUUAGUGUUCUCUUUGCCUACAGUAAGGUAAAAUGAUGUUGUAUCAGGGCAGAGCAGUCGAUGACCUGGCUGUGGUGCCUGCCUACCUCCUUCAUCAGCUUCUGCUGGCCUUGGGCUGUUGGAAACACCGUUCUGUCCCUCUCCUGCCCCUCAGCCCUUUCCCGAGCCACAGCAGGAAAGCGGUGGCAGUGCUUUCAGUUCCUGCACAGCAGUCUUUUAAUACUGUAAGAGGGUCAUUUUCUAUCUGGAAUUUUUCCUCCAUACCAACCCAUCAACUCCAAGCUUGGCAGGCAUCAGGGCGCAGCGUACAUCCAAUUUCUUCUUCAGAUUUUUCAUUAGAAAAGAAGAGCUAGUGUAACCCCGGUAGCCUGCACAAUUUUAUUUCAGAGACUGCUCUGAAAGUUAUUUUUCUAUGAAGAUGUUAAAUUUUUGGAGGCGUUAGAAAGAAAGUUUAAGUAUUCAAUAACUUGUUUGGAGGAAGAGAUCGAUUUGAGAGUUUUGUGUUCUGAGCCAAUGGAAGCUGAGGGGUUGGAUUUAUUUCAGAAAAAACCAUGGACAAUUCACAUAAAGCACUAUAAAGCAUAUAUAUCAUAUAUAUAUCAUACAGAUGAACUGCAGUAAUUUCAUGUUUUUGCAAUUGGAGGUGGCAUUAAGCAGCUAUGGAGGACCUCUGGUGUGCUGGGGGACCUGGUGCUCUUAUCAGCCUUCCACGUGUCCUGGCUGCUGACACAUAAAUCUUCGCAGCUUGCUAAUAGAUGAAAGACUAAAUAGAUAAAUAAUGCUGAAAACAUCAGUAUGAAUGAGUGGCAUGUGCUAGCCUGAGUUUUACUGCUGCUCUGGUCAGCCCUGGCUGGAGCUAGUGCAAUUUUGCCUCUGCUCCAAGUUGGAUUCCUCCGUAACAUGAGAAAGGCUAACCCGAAUGGAACCAGCUGAGGGGAGGGUAACAUUAUUUACAAGAUGAAAGCUUUCUGACUUGAUUAGCCUCCUAGUUAAUGACAUCUGUUGCUAAAUGUGGACUGAAAGAAGUAAUGCAGCAUAUGUUAGGCUAUGGGGAUACCGGUGGGGCCCAAUGCUGUGUGUAGCAGCAAGCAGGUCCUGCAUCUUUAGGAGGGUUGUCUUUAAGCAAUUUGUACUUUGGCUUACCAGAGGUUAGGGAGGUGACUUGACUUUGCCUGCUUGCUUUGUUAUUGCAUGUAAAAUAAUGUGCUUCAGUGUUAAUUUGCAAUUUAUUUUGGUAUUUUUUUGUAAUCUUUAACCCGUGCGAUGAUUACUGUUGUUGCUUUCAUAUGAUAACAGUGGAUUUCCUAAAUUUGAUGUGGAUGAGUUGUUGUACUUCUCAGCUAGGUAAAUGCCUUUCCAUGUACUGGCUGUGGGCCUAUGUGGUUUUAACAGCACCUAAUAAACUCAUGCGUUGCAUGCAGUGCACAAUUUUACCUCGUGCCUUCUCAGCAAAUAAACACAAGAUACAAAAACCCCAAGCCUUGCUGCAGCUAACCUGGGUGUACUUUUUUGUGGUGUUUUUCCUCAGAUCCUUACUGACGAUGGUGAUCAUUGGAGGUAGAAAUACUGAAGGAUACGUCAUUUACAGACAAGAUCUUUGAAGUUUAUUUCCUUCAGACAGCGGUGGAAGAAGAGGCUAAAAUCGAAACAUAACAGACAGAAAAAUAUAAAGACUAGAAGAAACAGCACUUCACUUUCUCUUUCCAAAAAUUCAGAGAACCACCAAAAUCUGGUGGAUUACCUCCACCGAUCUUCUGGAUUUGAGAUGUAACCUGGCGUGCGAGAGUUUCUCACAUGAGGGGUGCAAUAAGACAAGGAGCCAGCCUCAAUGGACAUAGCCCAUUAUCGAGAUCUCAACAGGAGAAUAUCUAAAGCAAAUCUCCAAGUGCAUCAAGAAUUCUAAGAAGACUAAAUAUCCCCAAGGUAACUAGAAGCAGGACCAUGAGGAGUAAUGUAGCUUGGAAUGAACGUGAUGAUAAUAUCCACCUUAAAUCUAAUGCUUAACGAGGAAAAAGGCUGUUUUGUUGGAGCCGGGAAGUCAUGAAAGAAACUCAAGAAGAGAACUUGGAUAAUGAACAGAAGAUAAAAAGAAAACAAAAAGAAUGUGGCAUAUAAAGGGUAUAAUACCUGGAGACUCAUAAACAGAAACAGAAAAAUGAAUGGUGGAAAGGAGUGUGACGGAGGGGACACGGAUGGAGGGCCACCAGCAGUGCAAGUUCCCGUUGGUUGGCAGCGACGGGUGGACCAAAGUGGAGUGCUCUAUAUCAGUCCCAGUGGGUCUUUAUUAUCCUGCUUGGAGCAGGUGAAGACUUACUUGCUGACUGAUGGAACCUGCAAAUGUGGCCUAGAAUGUCCUCUUGUUCUUCCCAAGGUCUUUAAUUUUGAUCCUGGAGCUGCUGUGAAGCAGAGAACUGCUGAAGAUGUUAAAGCAGAUGAGGAUGUCACCAAACUAUGCAUACAUAAAAGAAAAAUUAUUGCUGUGGCUACACUUCAUAAAAGCAUGGAAGCACCACAUCCUUCACUAGUUCUAACUAGUCCUGGUGGUGGAACAAGUGCAACUCCGGUAGUUCCUACUCGAGCAGCAACUCCAAGAUCAAUGAGGAAUAAAUCACAUGAAGGAAUUACAAAUUCUGUGAUGCCAGAAUGUAAGACUCCUUUCAAGUUGAUGAUAGGGGCAUCUAAUGCCAUGGGUAGGCUUUAUGUGCAAGAAAUGGCUGGAAGCCAGCAACAAGAACUUCAUUCUGUCUAUCCUAGGCAGAGAUUGGGUAGUAAUGAACUUGGACAGAAGUCUCCAUAUCGUGGCAGUCAUGGUGGGAUGCCCAGUCCAGCUUCAUCAGGAUCACAGAUAUAUGGAGACGGCUCAAUCUCUCCUAGGACUGACCCACUUGGAAGCCCUGAUGUUUUCACAAGGAACAAUCCCAGUUUUCAUGGAGCACCCAACUCAAGUCCUAUUCAUAUGAACAGGACACCUCUGUCUCCGCCAUCAGUAAUGCUACAUGGUUCUCCCAUACAGUCAUCCUGUGCAAUGGCUGGAAGGACUAAUAUACCUCUUUCCCCAACCUUGACCACAAAAAGCCCUGUAAUGAAAAAACCCAUGUGUAAUUUUUCAACUGGUAUGGAAAUACCACGAGCAAUGUUUCACCAUAAGCCACCCCAAGGUCCACCUCCACCUCCUCCACCGCCUUCUUGUGCUCUUCAGAAAAAGCCAUUAACAUCAGAAAAGGAUCCACUUGGCAUACUUGACCCUAUUCCUAGCAAACCAGUCAAUCAGAAUCCUGUUAUCAUUAACCCAACUACUUUCCAUUCAAAUGUCCACUCUCAGGUACCCGUGAUGAAUGUAAGCAUGCCUCCUGCUGUCGUCCCUUUGCCAAGUAAUCUUCCUUUGCCAACAGUAAAACCUGGUCACAUGAACCAUGGAAGUCAUGUUCAAAGAGUUCAGCAUUCAGCUUCUACUUCCCUAUCUCCUUCACCAGUGACAUCCCCAGUUCAUAUGAUGGGAUCCGGGAUUGGAAGGAUAGAGGCUUCUCCCCAAAGAUCACGUUCUUCUUCCACAUCAUCAGAUCAUGGAAAUUUCCUGCUGCCUCCAGUAGGACCGCAGCCAUCUUGUACUGGUAUUAAAGUUCCUCCCAGGUCCCCACGGUCAACAAUAGGGUCGCCGAGACCAUCUAUGCCAUCUAGCCCCUCCACCAAGCAUGAUGGACUUAAUCAAUACAAGGACAUCCCUAACCCAUUAAUUGCUGGAAUGAGUAAUGUAUUAAAUCCUCCAAACAAUGCAGUUUUUUCUACUGCAUCGGCUGGAAGUGGUUCUUUGAAGAGUCAGCCUGGUUUGCUGGGAAUGCCUUUAAAUCAGAUCUUGAACCAGCACAAUGCUGCCUCUUUUCCAGCAAGUAGUUUACUCUCAGCAGCAGCCAAAGCACAGCUAGCAAAUCAAAAUAAACUUUCUGGUAACAACAAUAACAGCAGUAGCAAUUCUGGACCUGUUGCCAGCGGUGGCAACAACGAAGGACAUAGCACUUUAAAUACCAUGUUCCCUCCUGCUGCCAAUGUGCUUCUACCAACGACUGAAGGGCAAAGUGGUCGAGCAGCACUGAGAGAUAAAUUGAUGUCUCAGCAAAAAGAUCCUCUGAGAAAAAGAAAGCAGCCAACCACCACAGUGUUGAGUUUGCUGAGACAGUCUCAGUUGGAGAGUUCUGGAGUUUCCAAAGCUGGAUCUGAUUUAGUAAGAAAGCAAAGUCAAAGCUCUUUUCCCAUCAGCUCUAUGUCCCAGUUACUUCAGUCCAUGAGUUGUCAAAGCUCUCACAUGAGCAGCAAUAGUACUACCAGUUGUGGGAGCUCAAAUACCGUUUUACCUUGCUCUGGUAACCAGAUGCAUUUUGCAGACACCAGUAUGAACUCUGGCACUCUUCAGAACUCACUGGCACAGAGUUUACCGUUACGAGGGGAAGGUAUCCACUGCCAGAACACAAACACUAACUUUGUCCAUGGUACUAGCCCUGCCACCACCAACCAUCUCGCAGGUUUAAUAAAUCAGAUGCAGGCUAGCGGGAACUGUGGGAUGCUCAGUCAGUCAGGAAUGGCUUUAGGAAAUUCAUUACAUCCGAACCCACCUCAGCCAAGAAUCCAGGCAUCCUCCACUCCAGUGAUACCAAACAGCAUUGCUAGCAGCUGUAAUCAAACAAGUCCUGAAGCAGGGGGUUCGGGACCAUCAUCAUCAAUAGCCAUAGCUGGCACCAGCCAACCUGCCAUCACAAAGACAACAUCUGUUCUUCAGGAUGGUGUUAUAGUCACUACUGCAGCUGGAAACCCACUUCAGAGCCAGCUGCCCAUUGGGGGUGAUUUCCCUUUCGCUGGCCACGAACACUCGCUUCAUUUCCCGCAGAACAGCUCUUCAAACAACAAUCUUCCACCUUCUUUGAAUCAAAACCUCCUCAGUUCUCUACCUAUCUCUUUGCCAGUGAAUCAGCAACAUCUCCUAAGCCAGAAUCUAUUAAAUAUACUGCAGCCUUCAGCAGGAGAAGGCAAGUCUGAGGUCAACCUCAACCCUUUAGGUUUUCUCAACCCGAAUGUAAAUGCUGCUUUAGCUUUUCUCUCCAGUGACGUGGAUGGGCAGGUAUUACAGCCUGUUCAUUUUCAGCUUCUAGCAACCCUCCUCCAGAACCAAGCCCAAGCAGCUGCCAUGCUUCCCCUACCAUCUUUCAAUAUGACCAUCUCAGAUUUGUUGCAACAGCAAAAUAACCCUUUGCCCUCAGUAACACAGAUGACAGCCCCACCUGACCAUUUGCCAAGCAAUCAGUCAGAAAGCAACAGGGUUGAGACCCUUUUAAGCAACCCCUUGGGGAACCCUUUACCAAGCUUUUCAGGCACUGACACUACUUCUAACCCCCUGCUCCUCCCAGCUGUCUCUGGGGCCUCAGCAUUAAUGGCCUUGAAUCCCCAGCUGGUGGGAGGUGUCCUGAACUCUGCAUCGGGCAACACUGCUAAUCAUCCAGAGGUUUCCAUAGCCACCUCCUCCCAAGCAACCACUACCACAACCACUACAUCAUCAGCAGUGGCAGCACUGUCUGUCUCUACCCUGGGUGGUGGGACAGCAGUGGUGUCAAUGGCAGAAACAUUGCUGAACAUAUCUAAUAAUGCUGGGAGUACAUCUGGUCCAGCUAAACUCAACAGUAACUCUGUGGUGCCACAGCUACUUAACCCUCUACUGGGGACAGGUCUGCUUGGUGACAUGUCAUCUAUAAACACUACUUUGAAUAACCAUCAACUGAGUCAUCUCCAGUCACUAUUAAACAACAAUCAGAUGUUUCCUUCAAAUCAGCAGCAACAGCACCUUCUCCAGGGGUAUCAGAACAUGCAGGGCUUUCAAGGCCAGCCCCCAAUUCCUGGCCCAGCUAACAACCCAAACCCCAUGGCAUGUCUGUUCCAAAAUUUCCAGGUGAGAAUGCAGGAAGAUGCUGCUGCCCUAAACAAAAGAAUGGUCACUCAGAUGGGAAUGGCACCAGUUCCUGAGAGCUCCAACGCUAUGCUUCCUCCUUUCCAAGAAACAUCUUGUGAUUUGCAGCAAAGAACUGAACCAUCUCUUGGUCAACAGGCAAAGGAUAACCUCAAUGUCGCUGCUCAGGGUGAUACAUCAGUGGAUGCGAUCUACAAAGCAGUCGUAGAUGCUGCAAGCAAGGGAAUGCAAGUAGUGAUCACCACUGCUGUUAGCAGUACCACACAAAUGAGUCCCAUUCCAGCUUUGAGUGCCAUGAGUGCCUUCACAGCCUCAAUUGGUGACCCGCUAAAUCUCUCUAGUGCUGUCAGUGCAGUAAUCCAUGGAAGAAACAUUGCUGUUUCUGAUCAUGAAGGUAGGAUAAGGAACACUAGAGGAACGCGAGUACUGAAGAAUUCAGAGCAUGGGAAAAAUUCAAGUGAAGGGGAUGGGUAUGAAUAUUACAAAUCAACAAGUUGUAACACACCCAAAAAACAGUGGGAAGGGGAGCAAAGUCCUGUCGGUGAGAUAAAUAGGUGGAAAUGUGAGGAGUUUCUAGACCACUCCACCCAUAUCCAUAGUAGUCCUUGUCACGAAAGGCCCAAUAACAUCUCCACACUGCCAUUGUUGCAAGGCGAGCAGCAUCAGAUACUGUUAUCACAGCGAAACUGUCAAAGUGAUAAAAUGUUGGAGGAGAAUUUCAGGUAUAACAAUUACAAAAGAACUAUGAUGAGUUUUAAGGAAAGACUGGAGAACACUGUGGAACGAUGUGCACACAUAAAUGGAAAUAGGCCUCAGCAGAACAGAGGAUACGGGGAGUUGCUGAACACUUCUAAACAAGACCUGAUUCUGGAAGAGCAAUCUCCAAGUUCCUCAAAUAGUUUGGAAAGUUCAUUAGUUAAAGACUACAUCCAUUACAAUGGAGAUUUUAAUGCCAAAAGCAUUAAUGGGUGUGUGCCUAGCCCUUCAGAUGCUAAAAGCAUCAGUAGUGAAGAUGACCUAAGGAAUCCAGAUUCCCCUUCUUCCAAUGAGCUGAUACAUUACAGGCCGAGGACGUUUAAUGUUGGCGACUUGGUCUGGGGCCAAAUCAAAGGACUGACUUCAUGGCCUGGAAAACUAGUAAGAGAAGAAGACGUUCACAAUUCAUGUCAACAAAACGCUGAGGAGGGGAAGGUCUGGGUAAUGUGGUUUGGUGUUCAUACCUUCACUCAGGUGGAGCCAGAGAAGUUGAAGACACUAACAGAAGGUCUAGAAGCUUACAACCGAGCCAGGAAAAGGAACAGAAAAAGUGGAAAGCUAAAUAACCAUUUAGAAGCUGCUAUACAUGAGGCCAUGAGUGAACUAGACAAAAUGUCUGGGAAUGUCCACCAAAUCCCACAGGGAGACAGACAAGUGAAGCCUCCAAAACCCAAGAGGAGGAAGAUCUCUAGAUAACAUUGAAUGUCUUUGUUACUGGUCCAGUACUUAUCAAAACGAACGUGCACAUAAGUCUGUAUGUAGGUAUUGAUAUAGACGUGGUUAUAUCAAUAUUUAUAUGAAGACGGCCGCCGCCGCGGGGUGCUACGUGGAGUGUGGUACAGUGUGUGGAUGAGCAGGAGGGAGAGCGGUUGCUGGAAAAGCCAAUCAGAAAUCUGGGAAGGUUACAGUAACCAUGUCAGAUGAUUACUGAGGGUUUGUUUUUUUUUUUUGUUUGUUUUUGUUUUGGUUUUUUUUUUUUUUUUUUUUUUCUAUAAUACUAAAAUUGUGAUUAUAAGGAAUAGUCCAAAUGUUUCUGAGAAAUUUUCAUUGUGUAUAUAGAUAAUACAGAAUUUCAUGGUGAUAUCUGAAAUGUAAAUAUUGUACAAUAUUGUCAUGUACAAGCGUACCUAAUGCACACUUUAUCUUUUAUUGUACAAAAAAAUAGUGUACAAAAUUCUUUGGUUUCUAUUGAGUACACAUACAAGAGACUACCAGUGUAAAGUGAUAAAUAAAAAUACAGCCUAAAUGCUUUUAUAUGAUAAUGUAAAAGAUGCUGUUUUUGUAUUUAACAGCAGAGAGAAGGCAUGAUUAUGUAAUACCUUAAUUAUGACAUACACUUCACGCCACUGAGUGUCCAUUUAUCCUGUCUGUUUGGAAUGAACCUUGCCUGGAAGUACUGUACUCCAUUUCAGGUCUCUGUAGGAGAGUGCAACCUUGCAGAUUCCUAACGGGACGUGGGAUCACAGCUCUAAGUAAUGAUUCAAAGGCUGCAACUGUUGGUUGCAUUUUUAUUUACUUAACUUUUAAAGUAGAAUGGUGUAGAUUUUAUUAAAGGAAAAAAAAAAAAAAA